AGGCUCUGCAUGCAAGCUCUCACGCCUUACCCAACAAACAAUACCCAAGAAGGAAAAAAGAAAAGGAAAGAAUUCAAGGUAGCAAGCCAAAGAAGAACCAUGAUGAAAGUUGCUCAUUUGAUAGCAGUUUUUAUUCUCUUGGCUCUGGCUUCCUCAUUUGUCACUGCCUAUGACCCCAGCCCCCUCCAAGACUUCUGCGUCGCAAUAGAUGAUGCUAAUUCUGCUGUUCUUGUUAAUGGAAAAUUGUGUAAGAAUCCAGGCCUCGCCACUCCUGAUGAUUUCUCGUACUCGGGGCUUGAUGUUCCUGGAAACACAUCAAAUCAACUUGGAGCACGUGUUAAUAUCAUCACAGCCGAUCUAAUGCCUGGGCUCAACACUCUUGGCAUAUCUUUAGCACGGAUAGACCUGGCGCCAAACGGUGGCCUAAACCCUCCACAUUAUCACCCCAGAGGAUCGGAGGUUCUGCUGGUUUUGGAAGGCACUCUUUAUGCUGGCUUUGUCACCUCAAAUCCUGAUCAUCGCCUCUUUACCAAAAUCCUAAAACCAGGAGAUCUCUUUGUAUUCCCAUUCGGCCUCAUUCACUUUCAAUUGAAUAUUGGAAAGACUCCUGCCGUUGCUAUUGCUGCAUUAACAAGUCAAAAUCCAGGGGUUAACACAGUAGCAAAUGCAAUCUUUGGAGCCAGCUGGCCUCUUUAUCCUGAAGUUCUCACCACAGCAUUCCAUUUGGAUAAAAAACUUGUGGAGGAUCUCCAGAGUCAAGAAUGGGUGAACCCUACAUAAAUAUUUUCUAAAUUUCCCAAAUUCGCAUAGUUGAUAUGCGAUAAUAAAGAAGUGUUCUAUGCCUUCCCCUUUCAGAGUCUAUGUGUUUUUCGGAACGUUCUGCACCUGUUUUGUUAAGCUAAUAAUUUCUCUGUCAAGUGUCAUGUUGCUGAAGGGUUUAUACUCUUCGGUUGAGGUUUCCCUUUUGGAUUAUCCACGUCCGAUCUGUAUUUUGAUUAACUUAAGAUGGCAAGCUGCCAACUUCUUUUCAUCAUGUACCAAGUUUAUGUGUUGUUUGAUUGUAUGUUGUCACUUUCUUUCCUUC